CAAACACGAAGCGCAACUAGCCUGACCACAACACAUAAUUUGAGCCAACAUGGCGUCCUAACGUUAGAGUUUCCUGACAGUUGUACAUGCUGAUACUGGCUUCGAGACAAGCAUAAUCACAGGUUUCAAAACUCGGACAAGAUCCAAAGGAUGGCGCGGGUGGUGUUCCUCCAUCCAGACCUGGGUAUUGGUGGAGCUGAGCGUCUGGUGGUCGAUGCUGCUGUCGCUCUGAAGUCUAAAGGAUGCAGCGUUCAGAUAUGGACGGCCCAUUACGACCCAACCCACUGCUUCUCUGAGACGCUGGAUCCAGAACUGCCUGUGGUAUGUGUGGGGGAUUGGCUACCCACAAAUGUGUUUGGUUACCUGCAUGCCCUGUGUGCCUACCUGAGGAUGAUCUUCGUCGCCCUCUACCUGGUCUUCCUCAGCGGGGUGGAGUACGAUGUCAUCUUCUGUGAUCAAGUGUCAGUGUGUAUCCCGGUGCUGCGACUGUCCCGUCACAGGAAGAAGGUUUUGUUUUACUGUCACUUCCCAGACCAGCUGCUGACCCAGAGGAAGUCGGCCCUGAAGAAGCUUUACCGUGCUCCCAUCGACUGGAUGGAGGAGCGCACCACUGGCAUGGCUGACAUGAUUCUGGUAAACAGCAAGUUCACCGCAGGCAUCUUCAGCGAGACCUUUAGUGGUCUGAGAGGAGUUCAGACGGAUGUCCUCUAUCCCUCCCUCAACACAAGUACCUUUGACCAGCAGUCCACUGAAGCACGAGGCCUGGAAGGGCUUCUUCCCGAGGGGACCUCCUGCAUGUUUCUCUCUCUGAACCGAUACGAGAGGAAGAAGAAUCUGGGGCUGGCUCUGGAGGCUCUCUCCGCCCUGAGGAGCCUCCUUCCUGCAGGCCAGAGAGCGGGUGUUCACCUGGUGGUGGCGGGGGGCUACGAUGACAGAGUUACUGAGAAUGUUCAACAUUAUACUGAACUGAAAGAGCUGGCAGCGCAGCUCCACCUGGAGGACUGUGUCACUUUCCUGCGCUCCCCCUCUGAUUCAAUGAAGGUGGCGCUGUUACGGGGCAGCGCAGCCGUGCUCUACACCCCGAGCAGAGAGCAUUUUGGGAUUGUUCCUGUAGAGGCCAUGUACUGCUGUUGCCCUGUUAUCGCGGUAAACUCUGGGGGCCCCCUGGAGAGCGUGGCAGACGGGGAGACAGGCUUCCUGUGUGAGCCCCUGGCCGAGGCCUUCUCUAAGGCCAUGGAGAAGCUGGUGAGAGAGCCUCAGCUCCGCAGGGACAUGGGACACGCCGGGAGGAGGAGGGUACAGGAGAAGUUCUCUCUUCAGGCCUUCUCAGACCAGCUGUAUGGGUACAUUGUCAAGCUGAGCCAGUGAUGGUAACACAGAAGACAGGUUAAACAAACAAUCCUAAACUGAACUGUGAAUUGUCUGUGGUCCACUGGGGUCUGCAGUGAGGUGAAGUGAACGUCUUCUAACAGAGGAGGUGUGUGUAGAUGUGCAGGGAGGUGGGAGUAUUAUCAGGACUCAGAGGAAAAUCAAUCAGCAUUCCCCUGGAGAGGUUGCUGAGAGGAAAAAAAGGGCGGAAUCUCUAUACCAAUUAAGACAAGAAUAACGAGUUUACCUAUAUCUCUGGAAGAAUACCACACCUGCAAGUGUGUAUGUGAGUGUAUGUGAGUGUAUGUGAGUGUAUGUGAGUGAGUGUGUGUGUGUGUGUGUGUGUGUGUGUGUGUGUGUGUGUGUGUGUGAUAUUGUACAUGUGUAGCAGCGCCAGAACCAAGAGCCUAGCAAAUGAGCAUACCAAAAGGAUUGAUUGUUAGACAGAAAUGUUUUGCACUGUGUAUGUUUUUUGUCCCCCUUGCUUUGAUACAGUAAUCUUUGUCUUUGUGUGUUUGGGUGAUGAAGAAGAAGAAGAAUGUAGUUACCACCCUGUGCCAUCAGGCAGUGCACAGCCCCAGAUCGAUAAACGGGAUGCUUUCCUCCACUUCCUGUCCGCCCAGAGCUUUGUUCAAAUCCUCGCAUUCAGAAAACGCUGGCCUGUUCUGACUCUGGCUGCUGUGUGGAAGUUAUUAGUGGAUGAUAGAGAGUGUUUGGCUUUAUUAGAGGUCUAGUUGAUGGGCAGUGGGACUCUGUCUGGGUCAUUAUCAACGAGGAGAAUAGCAGAAGGUCAUUGUGUCUCCAGCUGGCCUCCUCAGCCCUCCUACUGUAUAGAAAAGCUUGUAUUGACAUUCCUGAAGUCUUAAUAAACAAGAGGACACAUACUUUCCUGACUCUUAUGGGGUUUGCUUUGUUGCUAAGUUUGUUUGGCCUUUAAUAGACUUUGCUAGGAACAGAAAUGUUGUUAAUGUUUUUUUCUCCUUUCGUUGAACAGAUUUGAUUGUUCCUUGUUGGUAAAUUCUCAGACAAUGAAUCAGCUAAGGAGUUUUAUUUUCGCUCAUUAACAAAGUCAAUUUGACAGAUGUACGUGGGAGGCGCGCGCAGAACAUCUUAAGUUUCUGUCUCCGUCCGUUGCUGCAUUAUCAUGUUCAGAGUUUGAGACGUGUCCCCAGGUGCGUCGGUCUUGUUCUUAAAGGGAAUCUAAAAAAAAAAAGUAAAUAAUAAUUCGGACAUCAAAUCAUAUGGCUUAAUAUCAACCACACCACACAAUCACUUAGUUAAACCAACCUGGUUGCACACAGCAUGGCCGUAUCCAACAAAUGUGGCGAAAUGCUCACUGUUGAAGUUCAUCAGGUCGUAUUUGAACUCCUGAUGCAGAAAGGUCUCACAGCGAUUGGUCUCCUGUGUAGAUGGAAGCAGGUUGUGCUUGUUGUUGACCCUGAUGCGAGUUCCCAACGGCACUUUGAUCUCCGUAAUGCGCGGAGUGCAGAUCCUGGUCUUCCUCAGAACACGGUCACCUUUGACUUUGGAACCAUUGUUGAAGGAGGCUGCGGCAGGCUCUCUGUGUCAUGUUCUCAUCUUUCAAUAACCAAUAAAUACAGUGGAAAAAAGGACAUUUCAGUACAAUAAAUCUGGUUGAUUUUAAGUGACACUUUUUAAGUUCUACAAAUGCAGUGUGAUUAUUUUAAAUUAAGUCCCAUUUCAUUUUCUUACUCCAAAAUGGAAAACACAGCCAUCUCCAACAUAAACGCCCCAAAGAGACAGUCCUGACCAUGGAUUUGCAAACUCAAUCAAUUCUCCAAUCUCUGCUGUGGACACGCUCUGUUCAACCUAAAGGUAAAAAGGCUAAGUCAGAGCAGUGUACAGAAUCCAAACAUCGUUUUUCCUUGCAGAAUUUAAAUGAAGAAAUGGUUUUCCAUGAUGGAAACCAGGGGGAAAAAAACAACUAUGGACAUAAAAUCAAAUGAUUCGGCACUUUGAUUUUUAAGAGAGCAACCUCAAAAAACAAGGGACAUUUAAAAUGGAAACUACAUAAAACAAGAUUUCUUUCAGCAGUAUUUGAAUGAGAAUCACACUAAUUAAACUUCAGAUAAGUGCUAUCAGAGUUUUCUUAGCUGUUGUCACCAACAUACUUUCAUUUUGUAUACCACCUUUUAAAUUGGGUGGCAAACAUAGAGAUGGAUAUACCUUGAAAGUACUGUGUGUACACCAAAUGGUAAUAUAAUAGAUACGAAAUAAUUCUCACCUGUCGCCAUGUCAUUUGUGAAAAAAAGUCCAUGGUUGCUGUGAGCUCAACAGACGGACUGAAGUGUAUUUUCUCAUUAAUGGGACGCUGUGAUGUUGUGUAAUAAAACACCUUCAAUAGCCGCAGUUAGCCUUGACUGCGACACUUUCAAAAUGAUAGGCAGUCUAAUAUGUUACCUAUUAAUCUAAUAUGUGCUCUUUUGUUCUGGUUCAGGCUGCCACUGUGAAUCAGUUGAUGUAAAUAUUAUAUAAUUAUUCAGAUAUUUGCUAAAGUUUGUUUAAAAUGUGUGGUUAACCUGCAUUGAGUUUUCAAUUCCCGCUUCUCGUAUUGAUUCAGACAUUUCUUCCGAGUCAAUUUCAAAAUCUGAAAUGCAGAAAAACCAAACAGCGCUGCUGCUUGUUUUUCAGAACUGAAAACUAUUUGUCCCUAUAGAUCCAAUUAGUGCAGGUGGUUUAAUUUGAAAUAAAUACUAAGGUCUAGCCUCAGUAUACCUCAGUGAUGCACCUCAGUCAAUGUAUAAUAGUGAUCCUGAUAUAGUUGGUGUGUGCUGAAUGUAUGCCUGUAUUUUUUUUUUAAGGUGUUGGUUAUAUAUAGGCUAUUAAAUGUCCGA